CCUAAUUUCUCACAUGAAAAACCAAACUUGUUUCCAUUAAUAAGAUGGCUGAGAACACCAAUAACCUCACCACUGCCGCCACUGCUGCCGAAGCCGUGACCACCAGGGUAGCCGCAGUCCAAGAAGAGAUGAAGCCACCGCAAGAAGCUUCUAAAGAAGCUCCAAUCAUGGUGGACAAGACCAGGCUAGCGAGGAUCAUUGUCGGCGCAAUAGCCAUCCUCACCUUCCUUCUCUCACUACCCGUUUUAGCCUCGAUCAUAUGGCUUCUCUACAUGAAGGGCUAUGACUGCGAGAGCCUCUUGAGGCUGCCGAAGCUCCAAAUCGGGAUCGGCAUCGCACUGGUAUUCGUGUUCCUGAUCAGCAACGUUGUGUUGUUCUUGAGGGCCAAGGUGCAUGCCCUAGGCCUCCUCGUGGUCAUGGUGUUUCUGAUCUUGAUGCUCACCAUGGGCCUUGCUUUGGUGGGUGCUUACAAGAAUGAGAGCAAGGCUGUGAUAGGGUCCGCAACGUGGCUCAAGGACAAGGUCUACAAUGACAACAACUGGAAUUACAUCAAGUCGUGCAUCUACGACUCGAGGAUGUGUGACGAUCUGGUGGCCCGAUCUCUCAGCCUCAAGUCGUUCGACUUUAGCGCGAGGAAGUUGUCCCCGAUCGAGUUCGGCUGCUGCAGACCUCCCGUGAUCUGCGAAAUGGAUUGCGUCAAUGCCACGUACUGGAAAAGAAACGACCACCUUGGUGCCGGUUCUGACGAGGUGGACGACGAGGACUGCGACGCGUGGCAAAACGACGAGGACGUCUUGUGCUACGAUUGCAUGGCGUGCAAGGAUGGGUUCUUGAAAGUAAUAAGGAACAAAUGGUGGAGACUGGGGCUGUUCCUGGUGUUGAUGUCGCUUUUGCUCAUCGUUGCUCACUUGCUACUGUUCAUCGCCACCGUAUGGGAGCGAUUUGGAGGAAUGUGACCCCCAUAGAAGUUCUUGUCAUUUCUCUCCUUUCUAAAGUUGAGAUUUUAUAUUUCUUUUUUUCAUGUUAUUUUUUCAUUAGUUUGACUAUGUGGUGUACAUUGUUGGACGUAGCGGGGCAUGGAAUUCCCUCUUUUUCAUUUUUGGACAGUA